AUGUCCAACUUGUCCCGUCCAGAAACCUUAUCAAAUCCACAUGAAACGAAUCUACUCAUAAGACACCUAUUUGCAACCCUGAUUAUUCGUACUGUAUCCCACUGUCUAGACCUACACCUUUAUUCCAGUGAGAGGCGACGUGAUAGCAAGUCGUUGAGGAGAAACACCCUCUGGCGAAGCGUCGACACCAAACCCCUUACGCACCAUCGAGAAAGACUGGAAGAACUCACGGGGGCAUUGAUGGAGCAUCUAGAGGCGUUCAAAUCCAUAUCAAGACUGAAGCCGUACCGCGAGACAGUCGAGUGCUACUCAAUUGCGACCAUUGUCGGUACGGAGUCAUGGUCGAGCCUCGAGGAAGAUGUCAAGAAAACAGCGCGGUGUAACUUUGGGCGGGCCAUGGAGAGAGGCACUGUAGACGGCCUAUUCUGUUACCACUGCGAAAGGAUACACCGCCUGGUCAAACUUGAUCCGGGCCAGCUCCGAGAUCACUACACACUGUGCAAGCUGAAACAAUUAAGCAUCCAGGACCCAGCAGCGGCGAAUCAAUACCUCAGAGUUAUGAUGGAGCGCAUGGGCUUGUCAUGCAAUCACAUCCUCCGCAUGCCUCAAUGGGACGCCUACUGGAAACACCUAUCUCAGACCCGGCUUGUUAUUAACCCGCUCUUCUCGCCACAAAAAUCGACCCAGCUCUUGCCUUGCAUGCCGCUUGAGAUGCGCUCUGGGGCAUAUGUCAUACGGCCCGUAUCGAUUCCACAAUCUGUCCCACCAGCCCGACCUCUUCAGUUCUACGAAAUUCAUCGAGUGACCCGUCCACAAGAGAGGUUUCCGCGGGCGCCAACGGACAUCAGGGAGUCAUCACGGCCGUUGAGGUUGCAGCCGCACAGUCGCUCUGACAGCAGCGACGCAUCAAGUAUCCAUAGCCACGACUUCUCAGAACGCCAUCACCGUGGAAGGAGAGUGAUUGCGAGUCUCAAAGGCUUCAAGCAAUUCACAACCCGGCGGAGACCAGAGAAAGCAUCUGCUUCGGAGUCGCACGAGGUAUCCCCCGAUGCUCGCGGCACCAUACUCAAGGAGUUCUGUCUCCUAAGAAACUCAUCCCGACUGGAGGACAGAACGAAAGAUAUGAGAGUGAUGAGGGAUAUUAUGUGGUUCCGAGAACGGAAAGCGUGGCAGGCGGCAGAAAGAUAUAGCACUGAUGCUUGGAGCUCUGAUGGCGCGGGUCUGCCAUCUCGAGGGCCGCCGUGGUUCAUUCUCACACUAUAA